GUUAAUUCUCGAUUGAAAGAUUAAUGAUUUCGAAACAAAAAAAUUUCCUAAAAAUUUCAAUAUGGGAAACGGUCCAAGUCAUACAAACAAAUGCCUGUUUAAUUCUAAACGAUCGGGAAAUUCUAGAAAAAUUAAUAUAAAAAGAAAUAUGGUUAAAACCGAGCCCAUUCAUAUACCUUGUGCAUUAAGAACCAAGAAUGAAUUUUCGCCUUGUAAUAAUUCCUCUAAAGGAUCACCAUUUUCUGAAGAGAAUUAUUUUUGUAGUCCUGUUAGAUAUAAAACCGCUUCGCAAAGGAUUCUACAACGUUUUGUACGAUUUAGUCCAUCAAAAUUAGAAGAAGAUAAGAGAAAUAAAGAAGAAGAAUUAAGACAUCGAUGCUGCACUUUAACACCGUGUAUGACGAUCAGUGAAUCAUCGUUGCCCAUUGUAUUCAGAUGGUGCCAAGGAGGAAACAGAGUAUUUGUUGCUUGCUCUUUUAAUGAAUGGAAACUUGUAGAAAUGGCGAAAAG